AUGCCCCGGCUUGUGACUGUCUUCGGAGCUACCGGACAACAAGGUGGUUCUGUGAUCCAUGCUAUUCUGCAGGAUGAAACCCUAUCCAAGGAAUUCAAGACUCGAGGAGUCAGUCGCGAUACGUCAAAGCCACCGGCCCAGACUCUCAUAAGACAAGGCGUGGAGCUGGUCUCGGCCGAUCUGAACUCGAAGGAGUCGUUGACAAAGGUCAUUGCAGGAAGUGAUUCUGUAUUCCUCGUGACCACUCCAGCGUGGGGUAUCGAGGGCUCAGAUGCAGAGCUGGUGCAUGGGAAGAAUGUUGCCGAUGUUGUAAAGGAGACUGGCGUACAGCAUUUCAUUUUCUCCUCCUUGCUCAAUAUCACCAAGGAAUUCGGUGGCCGGCUCAAGCAUGUCCCAUACUUCGACCAGAAGGCGCAGGUCGAGCAUAACUACACUCAAUUUGGGAUGCUGCGUAAGGGUGACGACGGCGUCUACACCUUGACCUGCCCUGUGAGCAAGGACACCCGAUUCCCACUCAUCGACAUCACGAAUGAUUUAGGUAAAUUCGUCGCAGCUAUCUUGAAGAAUCGUUCAGAGGCUCUCGGCGCCCAAGUGUUGGCUGCGACAGACUACUACACGCCAACACGCCUUCUGGCCGAGCUUGAGGAGGUCACUAGAAAGAAGACUCGGUUUGUGCAGGUGGACUCGGAAACAUACAAGAGCUUCAAGCCUGGACCGAUAGGUGAAGAAAUGCUUGAGAAUCACCUCUUCAUCGAGAGCCCUGGCUACUAUGCGGGCCGAAGCCUGAAUGAAAGCCAUGAUCUGCUGAAAAAAGCUGGUUACCAAACAACAUCCUGGAAAGCAUACUUGGAGCAGAACAAGUCCUCACUAGAUUCGUGCUUCUUCAAAAAGGGUGCUCAGUUUAGUAGAGACUCUGGAGAGUGA